AUGAAUUCCUAUUUCGCAAACCCGUCGCUCUCCUGCCAUUUAUCCGGUGGUCAGGAUGUUUUGCCUAACGUACCCCUGAACUCCACCACCUAUGACACAGUCAGACAUUUUUCGUCGUACGGCGCCGCUGUGACCCAGAAUCGGAUAUAUACACCUUUCUACUCCCCUCAAGACAACGUGGUGUUUGGCUCUGGCAGGGCACAGUACGAGUAUGGAUCAAACGUGUUUCUUCAAGACAAGGACGUGCUGCCCAGCUGCAGACAAACAAACAUGGGACUCAACACACAAAGCCACAUUGCUCAAGAGUACAGUUUGGAUCAAGGGAGAGCAGGAUCGCAGGAGCAGAAAACCAACAUCCCGAUCUACCCGUGGAUGCAGCGAAUGAACUCACACGGCGGAGUGGGCUACGGGACGGACAGACGCAGAGGACGUCAGAUUUACUCGCGUUACCAAACACUCGAGCUGGAGAAGGAGUUUCACUUCAACCGCUACCUGACCCGGCGCAGACGCAUCGAAAUCGCCAAUGCGCUUUGUCUAACGGAGCGGCAGAUCAAAAUCUGGUUCCAGAACCGACGCAUGAAGUGGAAGAAGGAGAGCAACCUGACCUCCACGGUUACUGGAAGUGAACAGACAACAGCAGCCUCUCCGGAGGAGGAAAGCAGUGGCGCAAUCGAAGAAGUGAAGGAUGAGGACAAGAAGAAAGAAUAG